CAUCAGUGUGAGAAAAGCAUAAAGAUGUAUAGAGUAGCAAAGGCAUCAGAGUAUCUUGUGAUCACUGGGGUUGGAAUCAAAGACAUAAAACUUGCAAAAAAAGCAUGGAUUUUCCCAGGCCAGUCAUGCAGCGUAUUCGACCUCUCUCCUGUGAACUACACUUUCGAGGUUCAAGCCAUGAGCGCAGAGAAGCUCCCUUUCAUUCUCCCCGCAGUCUUCACCAUUGGUCCCAGAGUUGACAAUCACGACAGCCUUCUGAAAUACGCCAAACUUCUCUCUUCCCACGACAAGCUCUCUCACCACGUCAAGGAGCUAGUCCAGGGCAUCAUCGAGGGAGAGACACGUGUCCUUGCGGCAUCCAUGACCAUGGAGGAUGUUUUCAGAGGCACCAAGUCGUUUAAACAGGAAGUGUUUGACAAGGUUCAGUUGGAGCUCAACCAAUUUGGGCUUCUCAUCUACAACGCCAACGUGAAGCAACUGGUGGACGUGGUUGGCCACGAAUACUUCUCUUAUUUGGGUCAGAAGACUCAGAUGGAGGCUGCCAACCAAGCCAAGGUUGACGUGGCAGAGGCAAGGAUGAAGGGAGAGGUUGGAGCCAAGUCGAGGGAGGGGCAGACGUUGCAGAACGCUGCGAGGAUCGAUGCGGAGACAAAGAUAAUAUCGACGCAGAGGCAUGGAGAGGGAGUGAAGGAGGAGAUAAAGGUGAAGACGGAGGUGAAGGUGUUUGAGAAUGAGCGAGAGGCGGUGGUGGCGGAGGCUAAUUCUGAGCUUGCGAAGAAGAAAGCUGUGUGGGCAAAAACGGCGCAGGUGGCAGAAGUGGAGGCCAUAAAAGCAGUGGCACUAAGGGAAGCCGAGUUGCAGAGAGAGGUUGAGAGGAUGAACGCUCUCACUAUGACAGAGAAGCUUAAAGCCGAGUUCCUCAGCAAAGCAAGUGUUGAGUACGAAACUAAAGUACAAGAGGCAAAUUGGGAGCUGUACAAGAAGCAAAAAGCUGCAGAAGCAAUACUGUUUGAGAAGGAGAAGGAGGCAGAAGCACAAAAAGCACUAGCAGAGGCAGCAUAUUUCAGUCGACAACAAGCAGCAGAGGCAGAGCUAUUUGCAAAGAAAAAGGAGGCAGAAGGACUUGUGGCAAUUGGAGAAGCCCAAGGGGUAUACUUGAGAACACUUCUUGAUGCACUGGGAGGGAACUACAGUAAUCUAAGGGACUACUUAAUGAUAAAUAAUGGGAUGUUUCAAGAGAUUGCGAAGACUAAUGCAGAAGCCAUUAGAGGACUUGAGCCAAAGAUUAGUAUUUGGACUAAUGGGGGAAAUGGAAGUGAUGUUGGUGGUGGAAUGAAGGAUGUAGGUAGUGUGUACAAGAUGUUACCACCUUUGUUUAACACGGUGCAUGAACAAACUGGUAUGCUGCCACCCGCUUGGAUGGGAACCCUAUCUGACAAAACUUCUUAAAUCCUCAAAUGUUUGUUCUUGGAUGCGUGUUUUGUUAAGAGUGUACAACGUUAAAUGUGUGAACAAAUACAACUUUUAUGUGUGUAGUUAUUCAAAUGAUAAAACUCAUUUUAGUUACCUGGUUUUAACUUUUUUAAGAACAAAUUUAUGAGUUUGAACUCUAGUGACAUGUUGAAAUGCAAAUUCCUUGUGAUCCAUGAUUA